CCUGAUCCAGCUGGAGGGGUUCCUGAGUGGGAUGUGCUGCAGCUGCGAGGCAGUGUACCGGGUACUAUACUGGGAGAACCCCACUGUCUCUUCCCAGUUUUACGGGGCGCUGCUGGGCUCUGUCUGUGUCCUUUAUCUGCUUCCCCUCUGCUGGGUCCUGGCCAUCCUCAACAGCACCCUCUUCCUGGGCAACACCCAAUUCUACCAAGUGAUAAGGGAGCUCAAGGCCUCGAUCGAGCAAUGUGUGGGCACCAAACCCCUCGAGAGCAUUCCAGAGCCUGCCGAACCCCUGCCAGCUCCUGCCCCUGUGGAUCGGACUCCCACACCCACCAGCACAGAGGACCUUACCCCUGGCAGUGUGGAGGAGGCGGAGGAGGCAGAGCCUGAUGAAGAAUUCAAAGAUGCUAUCGAGGAGAACCAGCUGCUGGUCAUGGAGGAUGACGAGAGCUCUCAGUGCUCAGCAGAUUUUGACCUCAGCCUCCCAGACAAUGGCUUUAUGAGCAAAAACGAGGUGAUCCGCAGCAAGGUGUCUCGCCUGACGGAGCGCCUGCGCAAGCGCUACCCCAGCAACAACUUCGGGAGCUGCACCGGCUGCGCAGCCACUUUCUCUGUGCUCAAGAAGAGGCGGAGCUGCAGUAACUGUGGGAACAGCUUCUGCUCCAGGUGUUGCUCCUUCAAAGUCCCCAAGGCUGUGAUGGGAGCCACGGCCCCGGAGGCUCAGAGGGAGACAGUGUUUGUGUGUGCUCUGUGCAACCAGGUGCUCAUCAAGUGA